AAAAGGGAGGUGGUAGGGGGCGGCGCGCCUCACACGAGUCCAGAGAAGCGAGGGGACACCAUCAUCACCACCCAUCACCACCAUUACACUACAGCAAAGGAUGGAUUCCCUUGAAGCUGAACAGAUCGAGGCUCUGCGUAAGGCCUUUGACUCCUUCGACACGGACAAGAAGGGCGCCAUCACCACGGAGACAGUGGGAACCAUCCUGAGAAUGAUGGGGGUCAAGAUCUCAGAGAAGAACCUACAGGAAGUUAUCGCAGAGACGGAUGUAGAUGGCUCCGGGGAGUUGGAGUUUGAGGAGUUCGUGGAGUUGGCAGCCAAAUUCCUUAUAGAAGAGGACGAGGAGGCGCUGAAGGAGGAGCUGCGUGAGGCCUUUCGCAUCUACGACAAGGGAGGCGACGGCUACAUCACCACGGAAACGCUGAGAGAGAUAUUGCGGGAGUUAGACAACAGGCUGACAGAGGAGGACUUGGAUGGCAUCAUAGAGGAGGUGGACGAGGACGGCUCCGGCACGCUGGACUUUGACGAGUUCAUGGAGAUGAUGUCUGGUUAACGUGCCUCCCACCCACUCAAGCUGCUCAUUCCACUGCUACACUAAUCACCCCUGCAUAUUAUUAAGCCCAUCCACUCCUGGACACCCACCCGUCCACCAUACGCCGCUGCCCCGCCCACCAGCACACCAGCACCCAGACAGCUGACGCCCAAAAUAAACUCAUAUCAAUGAUGACUAAAAACAGUGCAAAGAUGAAACCAUGGCUGCCUGUGUAUGUGUGUGUGUGUGUGUGUGUGUGUGUGUGUGUGUGUUAUCUUUCCAAAACUCAGCUAAUGUUGUAUGAAUCUCUCUUUAUAAUUUGUCUGUAAUGAUUAGGUGUUGUAUAUCUUUGUAUGGAAUGUAUACAGUCAAAUUACACAAAUUACCACAUAAUAAAUAUAAAGUCAGCUGCGAUACAAUACUAAACCAAAAUCAGUGUCACACUUGUCACUAAUUAUAUUAUAUUCUUAUGUUACGGAGUUAUCAGAAAUAAAAUGUUCAGAAAA